AAACCAACCUAAAAAUUAGUAUGGCAUCAAUUGAAAGAAGCAGCUGGUUUAAGUUUUCAUAUUAUUAAUAUUAUAAGACACAAGUAGAAAUCAGAAGAGAAAUUGUGUAUAUUUAUUAAGUACGACCAAAGUCGAAAAGAUUUGAGAUCUUUUAUACAAUACAUAUAGUUGUGAAAAUGUCGAACGUGUCGGAAUUAAGAAUGAACGUAGCGGCUUUGAAAAGAGUUGACCCUUACGUCAAGGAUAUCCUAGAAACCGCGACUCAUGUCGCUUUAUAUACAUUUAAUGCUGAAACUAGUGAAUGGGAAAAGACUGAUGUCGAGGGUGCUUUAUUUGUUUACUCAAGAAGUGGAGAACCGUUCAAUAGUUUUCUCAUCAUGAAUAGAUUAAAUACAAAAAACCAAGUGGAGCCAGUAACACGAGGUCUAGAUUUACAAUUACACGAGCCUUUUCUGCUUUAUAGAAACUCAAAAUGUGAUAUUCAUGGCAUUUGGUUUUAUGACAAAGACGAAUGCGUGCGCAUUGCCGCAAUGUUAAAUAAACUCGUGAAAGAAUCAGAAAAUACAUGCAAAGUCUUGCCAAAAUUAAAGGCACAACGUAAUUCAAACAAUGUAGAUAUUUUCAGUAUGCUCAGUAAAGCGCAAGAGGAUUAUAAUAUAAAUCGAGGUGGAAACGAUGAGUCAGGCGUAGGUACAAAAUCGCCAAUGAAUACAAAUAUUGAUAUGAUUUCUGGACCAUUGACAGCACCAUUGGGACCUGAUGUUACAUCCCAAAGUGUAAUGGACUUUUUCGCUAAGGCAAAAGUUAAUCCAAUGCAUUUUAAAGCUGGCGAUCAACCAAUUCAGGUACACGAAAGUAAACCACUAUUGGCACGUUUAAUGUCACAUCCAACUGCUAUUACAUUGGAGCAUAUUGAAAAGCAACAAAGAUCAACAACACCUCAGCCAGUGCCGCCUUCUCAUCAUCAUCAUAUUUCAACAACGCCCAUGUCAGUUGCUGCAAAUGACAUUGGAAAUUUAUCUGUAGCAAACAGAUCAAAGAAAAAAAAUAAAGUUUCACAAUUAGCCACAAUUCCAGGCCCAAAUGUUCAAGAUCUUCCGUCCACAAUUGCUCAAAGUGAAACUAAUGACUCGAGUUUUCUCAGGAUACAAUCGCCUGUAAACACAUCGUCUCUAUUGAAUAAUCAUCACACUAAUCAUAUUAUUGGAUCAAGCGGCGGUAAUCCUCUUACAUCAUUGUUUGGACAAACUUCUUCAUCUGUGAUGACGGAAGAUGUGAUAAGUUCACCAAUUACUCCUAGACAGGGAACAGCAUCAGGAACAAAUUCAGCACCUGCAUUAAUACCGCCAGUGAUGUUUGCGGCUCCCAGUCCUGCCGAACCAGUAAAUCGACCUUUGGAACCUCUCACAAGGAAUCAAUUGCUCCAAGCAGUCAAUUACCUUUUAAGAAGUGAUCCGGAUUUUGUCAACAAGCUUCAUGAAGCGUACGUAAAGUCUUUCAGCGAGAUUUUGUCCUAGGUAAUAAAUAGAACCUAGUAAAAAAAAAGAAAGAAAAAGUACAUCUCGCACCCGCUGAUCGGGUUGUCUUAACAAAACGAAAAACAAUCGAGGUAAUUUAAAACUAAUUGGAAUAAAUGCAACAACAAUAAAAAAAACUUACGUGUAUUUCUGUUACAAGCGAAAAAAACGUAAGUGUAAUGAUUAACCACGCCAUUCCGGGCCUGGAAGUAAAAAAAAUAAUAAUAAUAAAAUAAAAGUAAAUUGCAUACCUUGAACAGUAUUUUUAUAAUGUAAAUGCAUUUUUCUUAAAGUAUAAUCAAAGGUAUGAGUGAUGGGCUCCAGUGAUCGUUAAUUAAUCAUUUUAUUUUCAUGGAAAAAAAAUCAAAGCCCAUUCUACAAAUUUGUUAUAAAAUAAUGUUAAAGCGAUUGCUAUUUGAAAAAAAGAAUUUAAUUUUUAUGUCUCUUGAAAGUAUAAGUUGGUCGAGAAUUGUUUUUUCUCUUUUUUCUUUUUUAAAUAAAAAACGGCCCAAUAAUGAUUUUAAUAGUGUGAUAUGCCGAGAUACAAAAAAAAAAACGUUUUAUGAUUGCUAUUUGGAGAAUAGUAGGACAAUAACGGCAUUUGAGUUGAAAAAAAACAACACUUGCGCGAAAUGCACAUGUUACAUUAAAAAUGCAGUUUCUUUUGUGAUAAAAAAAAAAUGCGAAUUGUUAAAUGCAUGAAGCAUGUACUUCUAAAUUUGAAAAUUAAGAUUGUACAAUUCUAAAUGAAACAUGACUUGUUAAAUGUACAUCAAAAACUGAUACAUUCGUUGAAUCAUGACUUGAAGGAUUGAAUGGAAUCAAUGGAUGACUGAAAAAAAAAUUUGGAUAAACAGAAUAAAAAACAGAAAACAAAGUGUAAAA